AAUAUAAGUCGAAUCUCAAAAAGAAAAAGGGGAAGAUGAGAUUUCGAUUUAGGGUUCAUCAGAAUUUGAAGCAUCUAUUUUACAUUGUAAUAAAAGGGAGCCUGUUUUGAUUUCAGAAGACGUAAUCUGGAUCUUGGGUUCACGUCAAGGUUGAGUUAAGAGUUUUUUUAAGUAAGUGGAGAUGUCAGUUAAAGCAAGGAGGAUUUCUGGUAGAUUAGAGACUGCAGUGACUAAGGCUAACUAUGCAUUUGAUCCGCUGGACGAUGACAAAAUCAUAAGAAAACGGCUUCUGACCCGAACCACCACCACUCGAGGCGAACCUCCAUUGAAGAAACUUCAGAAGAAGUUCACUUCUUUUGUGCUCGAGGUGGAUAAAGAAGAAGAGAACUAUAACGAGUGCGGUAGACUUGCGAAAGCUUUCCUACAGGAACUGUCUACUUUCGAAAUCCCGCUUCUGAAGAGCCAAGCGGUUGUGGAAGCAAACCUUAGGGAGAAAGAGAGCUUCAACGAGGUGAAAGAUGAGACGGAAAGGCAGAUAAUGCAGGCGAAAGCUGAGAUUGAAGAUCUAAAGAAGCAGCUCGAGGAGAGUAAAAUUGAGAGGCAGCAUAAAGAAGAGUGUGAGACCAUAAGGAAACUGAUUUCUGCGCAACCGCCGAGGUCAGAGACAGAGAAGGUCAUACAUGAAUUGAAGAAGGAGAUUGCUGAGCUUGAGGCAGAGAGCACUGCAAGCUGGAGAUUGCUUGAGCUAAGGAAGAAGCAGUUUGCUCUGCUGUUGCAUGUGGUGGAUGAGUUGCAGAACACAAUGGAAGAUGAGCAGAAGAGUCUAGUGGAUGAGAUUCGGACAGCGUUGGAAGAUCAGAGGAACAUUACCGAUGCCAUGUCUGUGGAUUAACUCCUAAUUUGGAUACUUUGUAAUGUAAUGCAAUAAUGAUUCUUAAUAAUCCAAACCGAGGCUGAACUGGUGAUUCGAAUAAACCGAGAUGAAUUAUUAGAAAACUGGUAUUUUCUUCUUUCUUUGUGUCUGUAAACUUAUACAAUCUCUAAAACACAUAGCCAAAAUAUAUGGAAAUCGUUGAUGGCAUUUUUUUUCUGAUA